CUGCAUCAGCUCCUGCCUCCAGGUCCCUGUGCUGGGACUGACUCCGUAGCGCAGAAAAUGGGUGUUUACUCCUGGUGGAAGCUGCCAUCCUGGAUGGCGGACAAUAAAAGGAUGGGAAUGACUCCAGCCUUGCCCUGGCUCCUGUCAGCUCUGACGCUUCUGCAUCUGACGGCGCAAGUAGAUAGUCUGAAGAAGGGGGCAAUUGAAGAUUUCAAAUGUACAACCAACAAUAUGCAGGUGUGGGACUGCGCGUGGACAGAACCCUUUGGGAUCAGCCCCGGAACUGUUAAAGAAGUUUGUUUUAAAGACAGGCUCCGUUCUUGCCGUCGAUUAGAGACAACAAACAUUAAAAUUCCAGCUCUUUUACCUGGUGAUCAUGAAGUAACCAUCAAUUACAUAAAUGGCUUCCAAAGUAAAGUCACACUGAAUGAAAAAGAUGUUUCUUUAUUUCCAGCUACUCCUGAGAUUUUGAGUUUGUCUGCUGACUUCUCGACCUCCACGUUACUCCUGAAGUGGAACGACGGAGGUUCUGCCCUGCCACACCCCUCGAAUGUCACCUGGGAAAUUAAGGUCCUCCAGAAUACGAGUGCGGAACCCAUCAAAUUAGUGUCAUUCAACACAACACUAAGUGGUAAAGAUACAGUUCACCACUGGAAUUGGACCUCAGACCUGCCCUUGGAAUGUGCUCCUCACUCUGUGGGGAUUAGAUGGUACAUUGACUAUCCUCGCUUCUCUGGUUCUAAGGGGUGGAGUGACUGGAGCCUGCUCAAGACCGUCUCUUGGACUCCUAACUCUGAGAGCAUUGUCUUCCCUCAAGACAAAGUGAUUCUUGCAGGCUCGGACAUAACAUUUUGUUGUGUAAGUCCAACGAAGGUGAAGUUUGGACAGAUUGGCAGUACACCUCAAACUCUUAUCCAUCUUUAUGGGGAAAGCGUUGCCAUCCAUAUCCGGAAUAUUUCUGUUUCUGAGAACAGUGGAACAAAUGUGGUUUUCACAACAGAUGAUAACGUGUAUGGAACGGUUGUCUUUGCAGGCUAUCCGCCUGAUGUUCCCCAGAAGCUGAAUUUUGAGACACAUGAUUUCAAAGAGAUUAUAUGUACCUGGGAUCCAGGGAGGCCAACAGGUCUGGUGGGCCCACGAGAAACAGAUUACACUUUAUUUGAAAGCAUUUCGGGAAAAAUCAUCAUACAUAAAAGACCGGACACACUUACAAAUGAAAGCUAUCGAUUAGUCUUCCCAGUGCUUCCAGACCAAGAGAUCUAUAACUUCACCCUGACUGGUCGGAACCCACUGGGACAGGCAGAAUCGGUAGCAAUCAUCAAUGUAACUGAAAGAGUUGCUCCUCAUGUGCCUGUUUCGCUGAAAUUGAAGGACAUCAAUUCAACAGUUGUGAUACUUUUCUGGCAUUUACCAGGAAAUUUUGCCAAGAUUAAUCUCUUAUGUCAAAUUGAAAUUCGUAAAACUAAUUCAGAACAAGAAGUGCGGAAUGCCACACUCAGAGGAGCCGAGGAUUCCACUUAUCUUAUGGCUGUGGACAAAUUAAAUCCAUAUACUACAUACACUUUCCGGGUGCGUUGUUCUGCUGAAACUUUCUGGAAAUGGAGCAAGUGGAGCAAUGCAAAGCGGCAUUUAACCACAGAAGCCAUUCCUUCAAGGGCACCAGAUACUUGGAGAGAGUGGAGCUCUGAUGGAAAAAACUUAAUUAUCUAUUGGAAGCCUUUACCCAUGAGUGAAGCUAAUGGGAAAAUACUUUCCUACAAUGUGUCGUGUUCAUCAAAUGAGGAGACGCGGUCCCUUUCUGAGAUCCUGGAUCCUCAACACAGAGCCGAGAUACGGCUUGACAGACACGACUACAUCAUCAGUGUGGUGGCAAGAAACUCGGCUGGCUCAUCACCGCCUUCUAAAAUAGCUAGUACGGAAAUCCCAAAUGACGACAUCAUAGUAGAGCAAGCCGUUGGCAUGGGAAAGAGGAUCUUCCUCUCGUGGCAUCACGACCCCAACAUGACCUGUGACUACGUCAUUAAAUGGUGCAACUCAUCUCGUUCUGAGCCCUGCCUCAUGGACUGGAUAAAGGUCCCUUCAAACAGCACUGAGACUGUAAUAGAAUCUGAUCAAUUUCAGUCAGGAGUAAGAUACAAUUUUUACCUCUAUGGGUGCACUGAUCAGGGAUAUCAAUUGCUGCGGUCUAUAAUUGGAUAUAUAGAAGAAUUAGCCCCCAUCGCCGCGCCCAAUUUUACCGUGGAAGAUACAUCUGCAGAUUCGAUAUUAGUGAAGUGGGAAGACGUCCCCGUGGAAGAGCUCCGGGGCUUCCUGAGAGGGUAUUUAUUUUACUUCCAGAAAGGGGAGAGAGAGACGCCUAAGACGAGGAGUUUCGAGACAGGUCAUUCUGACAUCAAGCUCAAGAAUAUCACUGACAUAUCCCAGAAGACGCUGAGGAUCGCUGAUCUUCAGGGUAAAACCAGUUACCACCUGGUCCUGCGAGCCUAUACACAUGGUGGCCUGGGUCCAGAGAAAAGCAUGUUUGUGGUGACCAAGGAAAACUCGGUGGGAUUAAUUAUCGCCAUCCUCAUGCCCCACUGUGGGCCAGGUUGGGAGUAUCACUUUUUGUUGGUGCAGGCUUGGCUGUAG